AUGGCUGAAGGAAAGACCGCAGACGGGUACCAACCGUACCGGUAUGAUGAUCCCUCGGCCAGCCUGUGGUCUGCGUACUUGUCGAAAUCGGAGAAAUACGACCGAACCAUGGCUCAGAACUGGAAGGGGGAUAUGGACUCGAUCUUGAUCUUCGCCGGUUUAUUCUCAGCGAGUGUUACAGCUUUCAUCAUAGAGAGCUAUAAGACGCUCAAUCCAGAACCCAGUGACACUACAGUUCUGCUACUCUCGCAGAUAUCACAACAGCUAGGCUUGCUGUCAACAAACACGUCUUCGAUACCAGUCAGUCCCCCUCUUCUCAUCCUCGACCAAGACAGCUUCUCUCCCCCAAUUUCUGCCAUCAUAUGCAACGUUCUGUGGUUCCUGAGUCUCGGGUUCAGCCUUGUCUCUGCGCUGUCUGCAACUUUGGUAGAACAGUGGACGCGCCAUUAUCUGCAAUCAUCUCAUAGCAAACCAACUCCUCAAGACCGAGCCCGCAUCAGUGCCUAUCUCUAUCAAGGCGUCGAGAAGUACCGAAUGGCGGCUAUAGUCGAGACCAUCCCUCUGCUCCUUCAUAUAUCCCUCUUCCUUUUCUUCGCAGGCCUGAUCGCUUUCUUGAUCCCAGUGAAUAGAGGUCUCGAAUUUCUCGUCCUCGUGAUGCUCCUGAUUUGCUGCCUUCUGUAUAUCUUCAUUACUGCUCUUCCCAUCUUCCGUCUGUCUUCUCCUUAUUGGACUCCUCUGUCCACAUUUUCUUGGUUAGUUCUUCGGAAGAUUGGCCUGCUACGCCGUCGGGACACUGACGGGAACGAUGUGCCCAUUUCCUGUCCUAUGAACGAAGCACGAGAACUUGAAGCCAUGGAAGUCACCCCGGAACGCGACCAACGAGACUUGAAAGCUAUGUGUUGGACGCUCAAUUCUCUGCGCGAAGACAACGAGUUUGAACCAUUCGUCGAAGUCAUUCCGAGUGUAGUCUCCGGCUUCGACUAUAGCGCCAAGUGGCUCCUCGAGACACUGCUCCAUCACGAGGAUAUAUCCAUCAAAUUAGGUUAUCGCAUCCCCAGGCUCCUUGCCAGUUGCGCGACGGGCCUUCUCCACCCAUCUGUCGCGCACAAGAGAGCAAUAACCUGCCUCAAAGCAAUAUGGUCCCUCACCAUGCUUUCCAUGCCGAAACCUGCGGCUGCCUCGCAAUCUUCCUCCUACAGGGAGAUGCUCAAGUUUAGAGAAGACAUGUUCGACCUUUUAUUCAAUGUGAAGAAGGCCAUCCCAAGUCCUGAAGUCCAAGAUCAUAUUCUAUCCGCGUCGAUUGUCGUUGCGAGAAGCUUGCUAGACAUGCAGGUAGGCCGCGCACAUUCAUUGGAAGCAGAGUUGCUCGCCGCCCUCGAAACAGGAAAACCGGUUCCGACGCGCAAAGGUUCAAUCGACGUGGCACAUAUUCCGUUCUACGACAAAGGAGAUGUUCUCGAUGCUUCGAAGCAGAGGAUAUUGCUGUUAGAGGCGCAAAUUGUCAGUUGCACAGAAUUCACGACUCCGCUACCUCAUGUGAUGAUGGAAGCCAUCGCGCUUCACCAUGCCCGGGCAGCGUCUCUCGCAGCUAACUCUGCCUUUGGGUUGGACAGAAAGGCAGCAAACGAGAUUCUCGAAUCCGUUAGAAGCCUCCAGAAGACCUUCAAUCAAGCCGGCUUCAACCUCGCCCUGGAAUAUGUGGUCAAUAUGCUCGAGUCGGACACCAUACCCCACGAAGCCCACAAUACCAUCCGCCGGACCUUCUUCAGGAUUGAUUUCAAGAAGAAAGCGCGAAAGGAGUUCACCAAGGAAUCACAAGAACGCUUGGUCAACUACCUCGAAGAAGCGGUCGAGUACACUACCACUGGGACCACCCGACUUCCACGGAGUAUCUUAGCCAUUUUAUUCGGCCUGACGCGAGCAUUGUCGGAGCCUACACUGAUCGUAAAAGCAAUUAGCAUCAUCGAGAAUUACAAGAAAGUAACAUCUGACGAGAGUGUUCCAGGCAUCCUGACCUCUCUCGCUCGAGCUUUGCCUCGAGAUACACCUGUCAGCCUUCCACUGGACUUAUUCAGUUCACAUCUCUAUACCGAUGCUAAACCGAUGCGGAAACAGACGAAAUCAAGAGCCAACACUCUGGCCAGCGUAUCAGAGGCGACACUUUCGUAG